AUGACCAACUAUCAAAAAUGGCCAAUUUACGCGACAAAGCGUAUGGUAGAGAUCAUUCCUAGGCUUUGUGCCUUGGGUGAGAAGCAGACGGUCGUCACAAAUGUCUUGUUCCACUGCUUUGGGUCAGAUGUCACCGACACACAGGAGAACGUCCUCUUCAAAAAGGACUAUGUCGAGACUUUAAACUACAUCUACAAUACGAGACUGCAUGGUACUGACCAGGAAAAGUUGUACAGCCAAGGAGGAUUCAGGGAGGUGGUCUUUUCGCCCUUUAACACUGACCUCUUGAAGUCUGUGAGCCCUGCAAUACGUCCAAGACAAACCUUGCAGUUUAUUUCGCUUUUAGAACAGUCGAUAGAAGACUUCGCUCUGUACAAUACCAGCGUGAAGGAACAUGUUGACAUUAAUGGUCUAUUCAACGCAGUUGGCACAGAUUUUCUAAAGCUAGUAAAGAUUUUGAGACUAAAACACAAAUUUAAAGAUGAAAUUAGUUCAUCUACAAUUAAUCGCACAUUCAAAGACCUGCUGGACGCUGGAUCCGAUUUUGCAAGAAUUGAUGCUCUGGAAUUUGCAUCGCUUUUACUAUCCUACAAGAGAGUUGAUUUAUUCACUCCAUUUGUAGAUGGAUCCUUUAGACUAGUGGAUAUUUUAAAGCACAUUUUGAGCUCGGAGUCGAAAAUUGCCCUCGAGAUUUUCUUUCAAAUGCUCUCUGAUAAUGUGAAGCUUCAAGUAUUGCAAAUGCUAAGGUCAACAAAUGCAGUUACAGGACUCCUAAAAUAUCCCUGGGGGCUCGUUGAAUCGCAAAAUUUGAGGGAAAGGCAAGUGUCCGAUGGGCAGGAUAGGGUAGACGUUACAAUAAAUAAACUUGAUUUGGAUCAGAGAAUAGUCGUUGACAGUGUUGCGCAUCUUUUGUACGUCUCCAAGUAUUUCAAAAAGCUGGAAUUUGAUUCAGGGCAUAAACCAACUUUGCUCUCCAUAUACUUUGAGUCUGAUGUGCUUGUGACUUGCAACGAUAAGAUUGUAUUUACCAUUGAUAUGAUGGUAAAUGACAUUUGUUACCAGUCGACUCUUUACGAGUUUUUGUCUUUUCUAUGGUCAUCCAAGAAUUUCAUCAAGGUUGGACACAACACAAUGCUAAAUAUCGCAAUGCUAUCGUCUCGCUUCGACAAGCCAUUUUCGGACUUUUCAAAUCUGGUGGAUUUGAAUGACAAGAGAGUGAAAAAGGUGCAGAGUACCUUGGCACAUUCUCACCAAUCUGAUGACCAAGAGUCAGCUGAAGAAGAUGAAAUGAGCAUAUUCAAGCCCACUGGAUAUACAAAAAAGUUGUCUGGACUUCUCCAAGAGUACAACAUUCCAGUGAUGCCACGGUCAAGACACUGGCAUGGCAAACACAGACCGAUUUCCUCCAAGAGAACAGAGUAUUUGGUGAGUGUUGCCAGAGGUAUUUUGCAGAUUGAACACACGUUGAGGAGUGAAGGAUGGUUCCCAUGUAUGAUUUGCGACUCUACAACUGAACGGGAGGAAUAGUUCCUCUCUUUUUUCAGCACAUUUUCUCCCGUAAACUCGGAAUUUUCGUUCCUCUUCCUCUUGAUACCACACAUUUACUUU